UUACUCAUAAAAUAAAUAGUAGAUACGGAUAGGGAACAGAACACGUUAAGGGAAUGCAGUGGAGUCCAGCGAUGGCGUCCACACCUCUGUUACCCAACUAUGGUGGCUCUCUUUCCUCCUCCCAAUGCUCCUCUUUUCCCAUUCAUCAUCGCUCUUCAACUAUAUUGAAGUGGGGUUGGAGAAGAUACCAAAAUGCAAACACAGUUUCCUACAGAACCAGGGGUCAAUCAUUUCAAAUAUCAGCUACUCCCAAUGCAUCUCCAGGGAAGAAAAGCUUUAAUAACCAGGUGAUCAUGGUUGAUCCUUUGGAGGCCAAGCGAUUAGCUGCCAAACAAAUGCAACAAAUAAAGGCAAGAGAAAAGUUCAAGAGACAACGUCAAAUUGAAGCAAUAAAUGGAGCAUGGGCUAUGAUUGGCCUAACGGCAGGCUUAGUCAUUGAAGGUCACACUGGAAAGCCUAUUCUAACUCAGUUAGCUGACUACUUGAGUGCUAUUGUCCAUUUUUUUCUGCGGUAGAUGCUUCGCUCUAUCAGUAAGUCGAAGGAAUUCAAUAUUUAUUUGAUCUGUUAUCCUGGAAACUUGUAUCUGUCAUGUUUCAAAGGAAAAUGUUCAUUAGCUUACAUGUGAUAUAGGAUUUACUUGCUACUCUUACCGUGUAAAAUUACAUUCUUUCGAGAAUUAAUUUGGUCAGAAGAUUUUGAGUAGUAC